CAGCUCCACCGCGCGCAAAAAAACAGGCAGUAUCCAUACUGCCGUAUCAGUAACGUUACCGGUUUACACAAACAACCUAGAAGACGGUGAGACAACUUGACAAGGUUUGUUCUUGCGCCGCGAGGGCAUGCAGUGCGCGUCCCCAACCAGACCCCAACAAACCACCAAACCAGGCCCUGACCACUUUGACAGCCCUACUACUACCGAGUGAGUGCGGAAUCGGAGUCACUUCCUCGCAGUCCACCAUGCGCCUCCGCCUACGGCACCUGCACCUCCCCAGCAUCCACCCGCACUACAUCCCCUACAGCCUCGCCAGCCGCGUACAAGAGCACCUGCGCCGGCAGCACCUCGACUUCAAGGAUGCGCAGUCCCACACCAGCACCUCGUCGUCAACAGGCCUACUACUACCAUCGUCACAACCACCACCACCAACCCUAAUCUCCUUCACCCCUUCCCCAAUCUACACGCUCGGCCGCCGCCAAACAUCCCCGCUCACGCCGUCCGAAACCGCCCGGCUCACCGCACCGCUGCAGCUCCCAGCACCAACACCACCACCACCACCACCAUCAUCAUCAUCAUCACAAGGUUCUUCACAAGGUAGUAGUAGUAGUAGUGAGCCGGCCUCCCUCCUGCCCGUCCGACUGACGCACUCCCCGCGAGGCGGCCUGACAACCUACCACGGGCCGGGUCAGGUGGUGCUGUGGCCGGUGCUAGACCUCAAGUCGCGGCAGCACAGGCAGCUGACGGUGCGGUGCUGGGCGCGGGCGCUGGAGGACACGACCAUCUCGACGCUGGGGCGGGUCUUUCGGCUGGCUGGGUUCACGACGGAGGAUCCGGGCGUUUGGGUCUCUCCUUCUUCUUCUUCUUCUUCUUCUUCUCCUCCGACGACGACGACGAGAGGCCGGGUUGGUGAUGAUGUUGGUGGUGGUGGUGGUGGUGAUGGUGGUGGUGGUGAUGUAGCAAAGAUUGCUGCGCUCGGCGUGCAUCUGCGGAGGCAUGUUACUGCGCUCGGCACGGCGAUCAAUGUUGUCAUGCCCGGCAGCGGCCGGGGGGAGGGAGAGGGGACGACGGAUGAGCGGGGGAAUCCGUGGGCGAGGAUUGUGGCGUGUGGUCUCGAGGGCAGGGGCGUGACCUCCGUCGCGGGCCAGCUGGGCGGUGGUGUGGCUGAGGUUGAUGCCCUACUGCAGAGGGCAGGGUUGGAAGCGGGUGAGAGGGGAGGGAGAGAGCGGGGAGUGGCGGCCGCGUGGGCAGAGGAGUUGGCCAGGCGAGUCGAGAUUGCGGGCGGUGUUGAGGUGGUGAGCGCAGAGGAGACGUUAGCGUUAAUGGAAGGAUUGGCGGCGAGGGAGAGUGAUAGUGCUGCUUGUGAGGAUUGGGAUGAGAGGGCGGGAGAGGAAGAAACGGCAUAUCUAGCACGGAUUAAGGAGUUGAUUGGUGGUAGGUAACUUCGUGGUGGAUAAUCUAAACUGUACGUACAAUAUGUGUGCAUAGCUGUUGUUAGAGGGCCGGCUGGAUACACAUAAGAGCGAGGGCCUUCCAAGUUUAGCUCAGGGUUGGCCUGGCCACCCGCGGCCCGCGUCGCGUGCACACGGGGUACGGCACCCGGGUGACCCAAAAGUCUCGCUCGGCUGUCAUCUGUCAUCUGCCAAGUCAUCCCGGAAGCACUGCGAUUCGCUUG